GAUUGCAAACUUUCAGGAAGAUUGCCACAAAAACUUAUUGAAUAUUUGAUGCCAUUUCAGAGGAAUGGCAUUCAGUUUGCCAUUUCAAAGAAUGGAAAGUGCCUUAUUGCUGAUGAGAUGGGUCUAGGGAAGACGAUCCAGGCUAUAGCUGUGGCUUGUUACUACCGUGAGGAGUGGCCUGUGUUGAUCAUUGUGCCGUCAUCACUGAGAUAUCCCUGGGUGGAGGAGCUGGAGAAAUGGCUGCCGGACGUUCAUCCUCAUGAUAUAAACCUCAUACAGAGUGGCACUGAUGCCAGUGGUAUUACUAAAGCCAGGGUGACCUUGGUGACCUUUGGCCUCCUGAGUUCACGGAGCAGUGUUGUUGUGAAAGAAGCUCUGAAGAACCAGAAAUUCAAGGUUGUGAUUGUAGAUGAGUCUCACUACAUAAAGAACUUCCGCACAGCGUGCAGUCAGAGCGUGGUACCUCUGGUCAAGCAAGCAGACAGAAGAAUCUUACUGUCUGGCACCCCGGCUCUUGCCAGGCCUGUGGAGCUCUUCCCACAGCUAGAUGCCCUGCUACCAGGAAAAUUUGGCAACUGGUGGAAGUUCACAGAUCGCUACUGUGAUGCCCAGAUACAGUGGUUUGGCAAACAACGCAGAAGAAAAGUUGAUGGGGCCAGUAACUUGGAGGAGCUACAGACUCGUCUGACUUCUGAGGUCAUGAUACGCAGGGAGAAGAAGGAUGUACUUACCCAGCUACCACCAAAACGAAGACAGCGCAUCCUGUUUGACCUCAAAGACUCUGACCUGAAAACGGAUAUUUUAGACACCUUUGAAGAGCUGCAGUCAUAUCUGGUGAAAGCUGGUCCUGAUUUGAGCAAUGCCUCAUCAAUUACUAUCGAUAGAAAGGAAAAGCCAAAGAGAAGGAAGUCUGCUAAACAUAAACUUAUAGGGGAGAUAACCUUUGUAGAGAGUCCUGAGCAUAAGGGAAAUAACUCUGUAAUAGGUUUGUCUGGAAACGAUUCAGCUGAUGAUCAUGUCAUGGCUAAUGAACAGAACUUAACUGUAAAUAAACACAAGUCAAGAGUUCAGAAAGACAAGAAGACUGAUAAACAAGAGAUUUCUGGCGAUCCGAGUGAGAAAAGAGUAACCAUGCUCAGUCUGAUAUCCAAACUCUACAAGCUCACAGGAGAGGCAAAGAUUGGUCCAGCCAAAGAUUAUGUCCAGCUGCUCUGUGAGAACCCAUCAUUGAAGUUGCUAGUGUUUGCCUAUCACCACACUAUGAUGGAUGGCAUUCAACAGACGCUGUGGGAAAACAAGGUCAAGUUUAUCAGAAUUGAUGGGAACACCAAGCCAUCAGAACGCCUUUAUUUUGUCCAGCAGUUUCAGGCUGACCCAGACUGUAGAGUGGCCAUACUCAGUAUACUUGCAGCAGGUGUGGGACUGACCUUCACAGCAGCCAAGCUGGUUAUGUUUGCGGAGAUGUACUGGACCCCCGGGGUGAUGAUUCAGUGUGAGGACAGAGCUCACAGGAUUGGCCAAACUAGCUGUGUACCUGUCCAUUACCUGGUUGCCAAGGGAACAAUGGAUGAGUGGGUGUGGUCAGCUGUCUGUAAGAAGACAACCAUUGUGACAGCCACCCUCAACGGGCGUGUCCAAAGUUUGGAGGCUGAUGAAGGGGACAGGUACCAGGUGGAGGUGUUGUCUAAUGCUGAGGCCUGGGUGCCCUCAAGUCAUUUGCCAGACAUGGACCUCACAAGCUUCUUCCUCUCGCAGCAGCCAGCUAACCAAAGAUCUAUUAAAGAUUUCCUGACAAGUUCUCAAAGCAAGAAGAAGGAUUCAUCUUUGGAAUCGUCACAUCACAGGAAGAAAGGAAAAGACAGUAAAGAGAACACUGAUGUCAUUUGUGUGACGUUAAGUGAUGACGAAGUAGAUCAAAGGUCACCACAACUGUUUGAUGAUGGAAUUCAGCGAGGCCAGAACAAACGGAAACGAAAAUGUGGUGAUGAUGAGGAAGAGGUUACACCUGAAAAGCAUGUGCUUGGUUACCCAGUUGUUGGUCUUCUGGAACAAGACGAUGCAGACUCUGAAGACUUCUCUUCUCAUCGGUCUGCAUCGAGGAAAAAACUGAAAUUUACUGACAAACCUAAAUCACCAGGAUUUGAAUGCUGGGAAGAAAACGACAAUGAAAGUGGGGUGACAGUUUCUCACAGGAGUGAAGCUCAGAGGGAGAAACCUUCAGAUUGGGGCUGUAGUGUUUGUACCUAUUUGAAUCAUAGGUCACUGCCUUAUUGUGAAAUGUGUGAGACUCCAAAAGAACAGGCCAGCAAAUCCCAGAACAGCAGCCAAAAAACUGUUGAGGAAGGUGGAAGGCUAAAUUGUGAUGGCAUUAAACAAACUGAAGAUUUGGCUUUACUAGACAGUGUGACAAAAGAUGACAAAACUAGUCAGUGCCAUGUAGCUGAUGUAAUGAAUAGGUCGUCUAGUAGUGCUAGGGCUGUUCACUCUAUAUCCAGUUCUGAAGAAAGCGAUGCCGAGGAAUGUAUAGAUAUUGACCUCCCGGAUCUAUUAUGCAGCCGAAGGAUAUCAAAUCAAAGUGGUUGUCUUGGUGGAAAUAGUGAAGACAACAGUAGUCCUGCAGAAACCAUUCCAAAGUCAUGUCGUGAAAAUGAUAGUGUUCAAAGUUAUGUUUAUCACAGACGCAGACAUAAAGCUAUAAACUCAUCAAAUAUUGUUCACUGUGAACCAGACACUCAUUCUCCUAGCCCUAAAGAAAUGUCCUUGACCUUAUCAAGUGGUUGUCAUGGUGAUGGCGUCAAAGGUCAUCAGCCAUGCAGUCCCAUAGAAACAACCUUGACCUCAUGUAAAACGUCAUCUUCAUCUACUUCCUCCAAUCACUCAACAACUUUAAACUUUUCCUUUAAUCUUCCAGAGGAUAGUAUCAUGAAUCUAGAUUCCUCUGGUCAAAGUCCAUUUAAUAGUCCAAGUGGGACAGAUUUUGUUUCAAGGAUGAGUAAAGAUGACCCACAAGGCUGUGUGUUAGAACAAGAGUUAAGGGGGAAUGACUUGGGGAAACAGAGCUGUGUAACACUUACACAUGGUGAGUCUGCUUCUCGUGCCCAGACAGACAGUGUGAUAGAGGAAACAAAGGCUGCUGCAGUGAUGUUCAGCCCAAAAAGAUCUGUCAGGGAAGAGCAAGAAGGAGAAUGGUUGUGUCCGGAUUGUAAUGUGAUCAAUCCAGGCUGGGAGGAGCAUUGUGAUGGCUGUUUGUCCUCCAGACCUGAUCAUGCUAGUGCCCCUAGUGAGCCAGAGGCAGCCAAGAAGAGGGUGAUAGACCUGGAUUGUAUACCUGUUCACAGGUCUUUCUCUUACUGCUGUAGUAAACACACAGGACGUAUCUACUUGUUUGAUAAGGAUGGACAGCCACUGCAUGUGAACUUCCUUCCACUAGAUGUAUCUGUUGGCAAUGUGGAUGACCUUCCUGACCUCUUGCUGCACCCUUCAAACCUGCGUGUGGUCAGGCGAUUUGUCGAAGAGUGGAACAGGCUGUCAGAAACAAAGAGAAGAUUUCUGAUUCGACACACUGAUGUGUUUGAAAGUCCGAUAACAGCAUAUGAUCAGCUUAAAAAUGGCACUGUCCCCUCUGUCAGCCGACAUUUGACAAAGGAGGCAGUGUCAUUAGCAGCAUUAUCAAAAGCCCAACAGGUAGAGGGAAGUGUUAGGGUGAUAGCUCCUCCACAAAGUCGACCUAACCGUCCGUGUGAUGUAGGAUUAGCUCAAGUUUUAAACAAAGAUGGGGUCCCUCUAUGUGUAAACUGUCAGAAACCGUACGAAAAUACAUUACUGAAAACCUCGACCAUUCAGAGCGCCCAGAAUGCCUGGUACACCCGGUUUUGUUCUCCUGACUGUUCUCACACCUACUGGAUGAAAACCCACAAUGACUAUUCCCGGGGUCAGAUUUUUGACUUGGAGCACGGUAUCUGUCAGCUGUGUAGAGUGGAUGCUCACUCUGUCUUCAGACAGAUCAGAGACACUCCAGAGCUUAAGAAGCGAGCUAUGAUUCUGAAGGACACAGUGUAUAGCAAACUGACAGCCAGACAGAAAAGCAGUAUGGUUCAGAACCCCACAGCAGGAUUGUUUUGGCACGUUGACCACAUAGUGCCUGUGUGGGAAGGGGGAGGGGAGUGUGACAUAGACAACCUGCGGACCCUGUGUACCCCAUGUCAUCAUAGAGUGACAGCUGAGCAGAGUCGGCAGAGGAGCAGGGCACGUAAACUAGGUGACGCCGUGUCGUGCCGAGACAUUAGCAGCUUCUUCAAACCCUCCUGACCCCAGCACGUAAACUAGGUGACGCUGUGUCGUGCCGAGACAUUAGCAGCUUCUUCAAACCCUCCUGACCCCAGAAGUAUUGUAUAGACAUUUGAUGGUUUUGUCCACUGUUUAAUAUUUAUUUGAGGACGAAGAUCCAUUGUUAUACUAACUUGUUUGUAGACAGUGUUUCUCUGCCCCUGCAUUUUAGGGUACUUUAUUUCAAACAGACUUGUCACAGGAUUUAAGGGCACCCUGUCUAGUUGCACAAAAUAUAGAGCAGUUGAGCCUGUCAGAUAUGUCUGCAUCAUUUUGUAAAUCUCUGCAGAAGAAGUGUAACUGUAUACUUUCCUGCCAUCAAUAUGGUGCUAACAGCAUGUAUCAUUCUAGUCCCGACUUGAUUGUGAUCAGUUUUUCUACUUGCGAGCACUAUUUUACUGGUGGCCAGUAUUUUACUGGUGGCCAGUAUUUUACUGGUGGCCAGUAUUUUCACUUGUUGUCAGUAUCUUAAUUGUAGUCAGUAUUUUCACUUGUUGUCAUUAUUUUUAAAUGUGUGUCGCAUGAUUACCAGGUUUUAGAGACGGUAUAGGUGCCUCAUAUCAUGUCCGCUUUUAUUAAGUAAGACUAACAGUAACAUGUGUAAAGCAUGUGCUAAUAGUGGAAACAUUGUCAGAGUAUGAACCAUGCAUGAUUAUCUGAUGUUUCAUACAUCUAUUGGAAAAAGCAAAAAAGACCAUUAUAAUCCCCAGUUUUGUUCCUCAUGUUAUGACUAUUUGGAGGGAUGAGGCAUUCUGUAAGGCAGACUUGAUCAGAUUUUUUGAAAGCAUUUGAAUCUGGGACACAUGUACAUGUAGUGUAGAUGAAUAGUUAGGCAACAACAGUUUUGUUUUUUGUUUUACGGGGGAAGCUGACUGACGACAUUGCAAAAAGGAUUUAUUGUGCCAGUAAAAAGAGUAAUAAAAAUUUGUGUGGCCUUACAUGUACCUUGGCAAAAUCAUUGGCCCCUAUCUAGAUCUUAAUUCAGUGAGUUCUGUUCACAGAAGUUGCUCAUUUCAAGAAGUUUACAUUGAUUGCAUGCAAUGUGCUGUACUUUAUACAGUAAAUACUCAACAAGCGCUAAGUCUUCUUACCAUGAUGUUUAUAUGUGGUGUCUAAGUCACCAACUUUGCAAAACAGCCACAUUAAUUUGCAGAAUCUGAAUUUUUUGCAAAAAUUUAACCUGAGAUGUUUCUCUAAUA